AUGAUAAACACAGAAACAAGCAAUCAUGCAUCCCCUCAGAACUGUAAAAUAAUCUGCCACGAAGACUGCAAUGGGAAUGGCUUAACUUAUAUGCUGAAAUCAUCAGAGCCAGAAGUAAAAUCUUUAGAAAUUCUCCCUCAAAUUGAUGAUAAUUUUGACAUGCCUAUCGAAGAAUUAGUAAAUAAACUUCUUGAGAUAAGAAAAAAUGCAUCAAAUUUUAUCAUCAGAAAUUACAGAAUAUUCCUAACUAAAAAAAGGCUCAGGUUUUAUGCAGUAAUAAACCGAUUGAUAUUAAUUCGAAAAAUACAUGCAAUCACCAUACAAAGAUAUGCUAGAGGAUGACUUGUAAGGAAAGACUUAUCAUUUCUUAAAGGAAUUGAUAAUAAGAGAUUAAUAAGAUGAAGGCAUGGAGGAAAAGAUGUGAAAAUGAUAGGAAAUUUUACUGAGCCUACAUGAAAAGAAAAAAUAUAUCAUUUUGGCUAAUUUUAAUAUAUUUUUAUACAAAGAUUUACCUAAUUUUUUAUAGAAAUUAAAGAAAUUUAUGUAUUUUUUUAAUAAAUAUAAAUCACAUGCAUAAUAAAUUUAAGAUACUCUAAAUACCUCAAAGAAUUUAUAUCUACAGUUGUAGAGGACCGAAAACUGCCUGAAGGGACGUAUUGUGUAAAAUUCAAUGUUGACGGCUCCUGGGUUUGUGAUGGAGAUUUAGCUGUUUCACAAGAUCAAUUGGGAAAUUACAACAAUAUUAUAAUAGUAAAAGACAAAGCCAAAAAGCUAUCAAGAUCAAUGAGUGUCCGUUCCUUCAACGCUGUCAUUGACUCUGAACUUUCUAAACAGAUUAUCACCGAAGGCAGCCAAUCCCCUCUAAUUUUAGCUCGUACCUUAAGUGGAAAUUUAGACUCCCCUAGAGGUUUUGGCCUUAUAAGAGGGAAAAACAAAAAAGCUCCUGUCGCUUUAAUAACUGGCGCUGCUAUGUGUGCGAGGCCUAAAAAGAAAUCAUCGCCGGUAAACCCACAAGGAAGUGCAGAUGCCUAUUUCAUUAACUCUGAGCUACAGGCAUUCGGAUUGGCAGACGGCGUAGGAGAAUGAAGCUCAUACGGACUAGAUGAAAGCAGGUUUUCCAAAGAGCUCAUAAGAUACUGUGAAGAUGUUAUACAGGAAACUGUGUCACCAGACUCAGGCUCAGCUAUCGAAUAUUGUGAUCUUCUUGAACAAGUUGCUCUAGAGGCACAUCGGAGGGUGAUUUCAUAUGGAAGCAGCACACUGCUUUUGUGCAUUUUUUAUGAAUCCAUGCUCCAUUCUUAUUGUCUUGGGGACUCAAGCUUUUUGGUGCUCAGACCUCGAGAAAACAAUAAGGCUUUAUAUUCAGUCUAUCGGUCACUGGAACAGCAGCAUUCUUUUAACUGCCCUUAUCAGCUAUCAAACCUUCCUAAAUCCAACAAAUUCCAAGAGUUGAUUGAACAAGGGCUUGGCAGACUUAUAAACUUGCUAUCUCGAACAAACCAUACUUUGAACGACUCAGCGUUAGAUGCCCAAACUGAAAUGAUUCCUUUAAAAGUAGGAGAUAUUAUUAUUGCAGGCACUGAUGGGCUAUUUGACAAUUUAUAUGAAGAAGACAUUAUAAAAAGUGCUGAAAGUAUGUUGGAAUUUUUCGAUGAUCCACAAGAUUUCGCUGACAACUUAGCUCACACAUUGGUAGAAAAAGCUAUAAUGAAAGGAUGGGACAAGUCAUAUAAGUCCCCUUUUGCGAGAAAUGCUUCAAAAGCUGGGAAAAGGUUUAUUGGAGGGAAACUUGAUGACACCACGGUUAUUGUAUCAGUAGCUGUUGAUAAGGAGCCAAAUCAUUCUUAA